AUGUCUUCCGCCAAGAGUUUGAAAUCUGGCUUUGUAUCAUUACAACUGAACCAAGUAGAAUGGUGUGUUCCGUCAAGAUACAAUGAACUUUCAAUGAUCGGGUAUGGGGCGUACGGAACUGUUUGUUCUGCCCACGAUAACAAAUUAAACCGUCGUGUAGCCAUCAAAAAGUUGAGUAGACCCUUUGAAAAUAUUGAAUAUACGAAACGAACAUAUAGGGAAAUCAAUAUUUUAUCUCAAAUGGAUCAUGAAAAUAUCGUUUGUUUGAUUGAUGCCUUUUCACCACAGACAUCAUUAAAAGAAUUUACAGAUAUUUAUCUAGUAACACCAUUGAUGGGUGCUGAUCUUGGAGCUAUUAUUGAAACUCAAUCGUUAUCAGAUGAACAAAUACGUUUUCUUGUGUAUCAGAUUUUAAGGGGUUUAAAAUAUAUGCACAGUAUUGGCUUAAUUCACCGAGAUUUAAAACCAGCUAAUAUAGCAGUAAAUGAAGAUUGUGAAUUGAAAAUUCUUGACUUUGGCUUAGCACGCCAAAAACAGGAAGAAAUGACUGGUUAUGUUGCAACUCGUUGGUAUCGAGCACCUGAAGUUAUGUUAAAUUGGAUGCAUUAUAAUGAAUCUGUUGACGUUUGGUCCGUUGCAUGUAUUAUGGCUGAAUUGCGAAAUCGUGCACCUUUAUUUAAAGGUGGUAAUCAUAUUCAUCAAAUUCAGUUGAUUCUCAAUUUAUUAGGAAAACCUGAUGAAGAAUUUAUGAGAAAAAUUAACAGUCCUGAAGCAUGUGGAUUUAUCCGUGAUAUUAGUAAAUGUGAACCACAAAAUCUGUACACAUAUUUUUCUUCUUUUUCAAGUGACGCUGUUGAUUUAUUACAAAAGAUGCUUCACCUUGAUCCAGAUCGACGUUUAACAGCUGCUCAAGCACUAGCUCAUCGUUAUUUCGCAACGUAUCAUGAUGAAUCAGAUGAACCGAUUGCAGAGAGAUUCGAUGAUCCAUUUCAAGACGAUAGUAAUGUAUCUUUAGAUCAGUUAAAAGAAGCUGUAUGGAAUACAUUAGAGAAUUUCGUACCGAAUCUAAAUUCUCUACAUUUAUGCGCUUCUGAAGAGACAAAUGCAGCUUGAAUGUAUGUAUUGUAUUUCUAUAUACACGAAGAAAUAUUGUUUCUUUAGCCUCAUUUAUGCAUCUAUGUGGAAUUAUCACAAUUGAUAUGUUACAGUUAAACCCAAUUGCCAUUUACUUUCUGAUCCGGUUGAUAUGUUUGCUUAUUUCGCAUAUUACUAAAAACCCUUAACAUGCUUUAUUUUUCUUUUUACUAAAAACUAAUAUUGAAUAUUCUUUGUAUAAACAUUUUAUUUACAUAAAUAUUUUUUCAUACAAACGUUCCUAUAUACAAAAACGUUUCUCGC